AUGUUGAGCCCUACUUUUAUUCUGGGGGAUGUUGGAUAUCCCUUAUAUACCUAUGGCUCCAUCUUCAUCAUUAUCCUAAUUAUCUGGCAAGUGAAAAGGAAUUACAAUGGAUUGAAGGUGGAACCUAAAAAGAGCUGCUGCCGGCGUCACCGGAAAGACAGGCAAAGGGCUAGAGAUGCAGCAUUAAGAGCUAGGAGAACUUCCCAGGAAGAAGCUGAGAAGCCACAGGAGCUGCUCUCUGCCAUGAAAAGCCAGGGCUGGCUUCCUCAGGAGGGAAGUGUGCGGCGGCUCCUGUGUGCAGAUCCCUGCUGCCAAACCUGCAAUGCUGUGGCUCUGGAGAUUCAGCAAUUGCUGGUGGGUGAGAACAACCAGAUCUCUCCCACUUUAUCUGGGCAAUCCCAGGACUCCUCUUGCCUAGAUAUUUUGUCCAUGUCUAGUGAAUCUUUUGAGCAGAGUCUGGGGCUUCAUUCCCAGGACACCAGAGAGAUUUCACUGGCAUCUGCAACCCCAACACCGGCACAAUCCACAACUCAGAAAUUCUUAACCCUGUCAGCUACUCAGUCAACCAAUACAGUCAAUAUACAAGAUUACUGGGCUGAUCAUUUCCAGCUACAGCAGGAAUUUCAAGUGCCAUAUAUGCUGAUAGGCCCAGAGACUAUCGCUUUUUCAGGGGUUGAGGAGCCUAGCGUUCCAGCAAACCAUCAGGAGACGAUGCAGAACAACCUCAAGCUUGUGCACGGUGAUGAAGGCCAGCAAUCUCUGAACUCUGAGGACACUUUGCUGUCCCUGAACCCAGAGAUAGCUAACCUGACACAUCCUAUGGCCUUUCAAAUGGUCCUCCCCACAAACCUGCCAUUCCUUAGUCCAGAAGUGCUGAGACUUCUUGAGAUACAUGUGAAAAAAUGGACGCAUUUCCAGAUGUGGGGGCUUCCCAGACGUGUUGAGGAGUCCUUGAGACAGCUUAUGCCAAACCCACCAUUUUAUUACCAGCCUGAAAACAACCAACCAGUUUCUUUCAUCCUAAAUAAUACCGCUCAGGUCUCUGUUCACAAAUUUGGAACUAUUUCCCACCAAACCUGGUGUUCAUGUAUGGUUGGCCAGCCCACCCAGACUUUCUGGGUUUCUGAAUGGUCCGCUAUGAACCCAGAAGAAAGGUACCACCAGCACAUUCCAAAACCUAUGGAUCUAGCCUUGCCCUCUCCAGCACUUAAAGUCCUAAGUGGCCUCUAUCCACUAUCUGGGGGACAGGCUAAUGAUUCAGGGAGCCAUCCUCAGCAGAAAUGCAGCCAACUAUUCUGUGGCCUCCCUUCUCUGCACAGUGAGUCCCUAGUUGCUACUUUCUUGGGCUCUCAAGGCCAUUCCAAGAACAAGAACAAGAACAUAUCCAAGCCCACCUUGAAGGGUCCUAUUCUCUUCAAGGAGCUCUCUUUUGUCCCCCUGCUGCCUAAAACUCCACCCCAGUCAGUUCCACCCUCUUCUCCAUCUUCCCCAAAUGGGGUGUCGCCAUGUAGCCAUCAUCAAUCCCAGAUCAAUGUCCCAUUUCUGACUCUGGCAGAGUGUGAAGCCUUGGAGUGGCACCUGCUGCAGAGGCAGCUCCAGCUUCAGUGGGGCUCAGUUCAGCACUCCCAGAGCCCCAUACAGAAUGAGCCCUGUGACAAAGCCCAGUCUCCUGAGACUGUGAAAACUUCCUGGCCAGGGAAGCCUGUCUCAGUCCUCACCAGAGAACUACUCUUCUUCCCGGAGCAUGCCCGGAGGCUGCUGGAAUUCCACCUCCAAAAGCAAUUGAUUCACCAUCGCUGGGGCCUGCCCCAGAAGAUCCAGCAGUCCAUUCAGUUGUUCCUUUCAUCCACUGACCAGCAGACCUCUUCCUGGAGCAGCACAGCUCUAGCCAAUGUGGGCAUUCCCCAACCUAUGGCCCUAGAGUCCAACAAGGCUGGUGACCUGUCCUCACUCAUUAUGGCCCCAAGGUUGAUCCGCUUGCCACACUUGUUUGCCCAAGUCAAGGCAAUAUUGCAGAGCCACAUUGACUCUAAGUGUGGACAGAUCCAACAGAGCAAGGUCCCUGCCUGUGUAUAUAGCUCCUGGGACUAUACAAUUCCUGGAGGCCUGGCAGUGGCUCUGAUCCCCUGCAUUCCAGAAAGCCAACCCCUGGAGCUGCAGGCAGCAAGUGACCCUAACCUACAUCACAAUGUUAUGCCCUGUAUGCCAGCGGCCCUUGAUCAGCAGCAACAGGCCUUACCAGCUGCUGUCAGUGACCACUCUAAGCUGCCCCGAGCCUUGUCCAAGGAAGCCAUUGAAAAACUGGAGACAGCUUUACGUCACAAGUAUCUGGCCUUCUUGUCAGGGUUGCCUGCUCUCUGUUAUGUGACCCUCUCCAAGUCCAUGGCUCCCCAAAUCACUAGCCAAUCUGUAGUCACAGAGGGGGGGCUUGGGACUAUUGAAAUCCCAAUAGAGCCUCUGACACAGACAAUCUCAUUAGAAGAACAGGGUAUAAGUCUUGGGCUGCAAGUUGGAGACGACAAUGAGACUUGUGCAGACAAUGCAGAAGAGUUCCAGCCUGAAGUGCAAGUGCAAGGAACGAGGGAGAUGGUGCCUCUAGAAAGCCAGACACAUCCUGCUAGCCUCUUCUCAUUCAAGACACAUAUGUUGGCCAAACUAAAUUACCACGUGAGGAAAAAGGUCCUAGAGAUACAAUUGGGAAUUCCCAUAAGGGCAAGGGAGUCCAGACAACAAGUUACAACAGUCCCAGAGAACAUAUCAACACAGGAGUCUCUUGGGAAUCUAAAUAAACAAGGAAAAAAAUUGCUGCAAGAACUGCCCAUCCCACCAGAUACUCCUCAUGCCCCAGAUCCAGAAUGGGUCCACCUUAAGGAACAGCUGGCCAUUGAGUUGAAGGCAGUGCAGCACAACCAAAAGACACCUAGUUCCAAAUCAGUGCCCCAUGGUUCUGCCCACUCGGCCUCCGAGAUCUCACAACCCAGUGGGGACAUGACAGAAGCACAGGUGCUUUGUGUUCAGGUGGAGGCCAGUGUGAACAACCCCAGCCUGGAGGAACCCUGGCACCCUGAGCCCCAAAGCCCUGGCAAGAGCAAGGACUCAGCCCAUGUCCCAGUGCUGGCAGAAAAGACAGAGGACCCAGGAAAACCCAAAGCAGCAGGGGACUAUGGAGAAGGGGAUGCAGGGUUGGGGCUCUCCUCAACCAGAGAAGGAAGACAUCCUGCUGAAGAUCAGAAAACAGCAGGGAUGCUUCUGAACAGGACACUCCGAGGCUCCUGGAGAUGGAGCCAUAACUUUCAUCCUGCUGAUCCCUGUCAACACAGCCCCCAGCAUCACGCUCAGCCUAAACUCCCAGAACUACCUCCAGGAGUCCCUGGGGGAAAACAAUCUGCAAAUAACCUGCAAGACAGUCAAACCGAGAUAAAUGUCAGCCUCGAAUCAGCAAGGAUUCCUGAGAAGGCCCAGCCUGUGGUGCCCCAGGCUUCACAGGGCCAGCCCUUCCUGAGUCAAGUAAUUCAGGGUAAGCAGUGGCGGGGCCAAACUUUGCAAGGUCAUGUUUUGCAGGGGCAGGUGAUGCCAGCCCAUACUCACAAGAGGCCCAGCAUUCCAGAAUCUAACUUAAGAAAUAAGAUUAAAUCAUUUCUGCACUGUUUUAGCUCCAAAAUGAAAGGCAAAGGGCAUGAGGAAUCCAUGUUCUCUACAGCUGAGAAAGUGGUCAAAGCCAGAAAAGAAAAGGUUGAGAAAAGACCAGCUCCAGCCAAAAUCUCCAUGAGAAAAACUAAGACAGACAAGCCAACGGGGCAUCCCAAGGCCCAAUCUUUCCCCACUGAGAAGCUGGUGGGCCGGACCUUCUCGGAUGGUCCUCGUUCCCCUGACAAUAAGCUCCAGCUAUGCUCCAGACAUCGUGGCUCUUCAGUUCUGGGCCACCCCCGCCACUGCCCUCGGCACUGCCCUCGAGUAGCUUGUGCCACUCAACCAAGAAACCCUACCUAG